GGGAAUAUACCUUUAUAAGGUUUGGUAUGUUGGUGAUAUUCUUUUAAUAAAUGAAUCAAAAAAAAAACUUUAUUUUCUAUUUAAUAGUGUACUGUAUUAACGUUAUUCCAAAAUAAGUUGAUAUAUAUGCCAUUUUUACCUUGGGAUGGACGUAAGCUCCCAUUCGAUGAGUCAUUAAUUGAUAAAAGGUUGGUAUGCAAACAAGUAACAGUUGAAACUAUUGAUAAGUGUAAAUUAGCUGGAAUUAUUUUAACAAAAUCUGUGGAAGGAGAAGUUGAUGUACGUUAUAGAGACGAUGUUCCAGUUAUGAUUUAUUUUCAAGGUAAUGCUGGUAAUACACUACUUCGAUUACCGCUUUUCUCUCGUCUUUUACUUCCUCCAACAAGUUCAAUCCCAAAUUUGUAUAUAGUCGCUAUAAGUUAUAGAGGUUAUUGGCUUUCAACUGGUUCACCUUCUGAGUAUGGGCUUCAAAAGGAUGCAAUAGCAAUUUAUGAAUUUGUGAGAAAACUUUUCCCAAAAAAUCCUCUUUAUGUUUAUGGUCAUUCCUUGGGAGGUGCUGUUGGACUUUAUUUGGUUUCUCAAUCAAAUAUUCAAAAAGAUUUGAGAGGAAUUAUCAUUGAGAAUACUUUUACUUCUAUAAAAGAUAUGGUUACAACUAUUUAUCCUCAAAAUUGGUUGCCCUAUAAAUAUCUUGUACGUUUACCAUUUGUACUUUGGAAUAAAUGGGAAAAUUCUCGAGUGAUUCAGGAAGUUACAGCUCCAAUAUUAUUUUUAUCAUCGCGUAAUGAUGAAAUUGUUCCUCAGGAACAAAUGUUGGAAUUAUACAAAUUGGCUGGUAAAUCUGAAAAGAAGAUAUGGGUUAAUUUUGACAAAGCAUUACAUAUGGAUACAUAUGUACACAAAGGAUAUGUGGAAGCAAUAAACAAGUUCAUAAGUGAAACAAACUAAUAUAUUAUUUCAGACGAUA